CUCUGAGCAUUCGGACUGGAGAGAACAACAGCAGCUAAAUAAAAUGGCUUCUAAGUUUUCAGAGGAGGAUUUCUCCUGUCCUGUGUGCUGUGAGAUCUUCAAGGAUCCUGUUGUUCUACACUGCAGUCACAGUGUGUGUAAAGUGUGUUUGCAGACGUUCUGGGAGACCAAACGAUUAAGAGAAUGUCCUGUUUGUAGGACGAAGUCGUCUAUGACUGAACCUCCCCUAAACCUGGUGUUAAAGAACCUGUGUGAGACUUUCUUACAGGAGAGAAGUCAGAGAUCUUCAUCAGCGUCUGAAACAUUCUGCAGUCUGCACAGUGAGAAACUCAAACUCUUCUGUCUGGACGAUCAACAGCCGGUGUGUGUGGUGUGUCAGACUUCAAGAAAACACACCAACCACAAAUUCUGUCCCAUUGACGAGGCAAUAACAGACUGUAAGGAGGAGCUGAAAACUGCACUGAAGCCCCUACAGGAGAAACUGAAGAUCUUUAACGACUGUAAACUGAACUGGAGUCAGACUGCAGAACAUAUAAAGAUUCAGGCCCAACACACAGAGCGUCAGAUUAAGGAGGAGUUUGAGAAGCUUCACCAGUUCCUACGUGAUGAAGAGGCAGCCAGGAUCACUGCACUGAGAGAGGAAGAGGAGCAGAAGAGUCAGAUGAUGAAGGAGAAGAUUGAGAAGCUGAGCAGAGACAUAUCAUCUCUUUCAGACACAAUCAGAGCCACAGAAGAGGAGAUGAGAACUGAAGACGUCUCGUUCUUACAAAACUACAAGGCCACAGUGAAAAGAGCCCAGAGCACACUGCAGCAUCCAGAGGAGCUUUCAGGAGCACUGAUCCAUGUGGCCAAACAUCUGGACAACCUGAAGUUCAGAGUCUGGGAGAAGAUGCAGCACACUGUCCAAUACUCCCCUGUAACUCUGGACCCCAACACUGCUUCUCCUUAUCUCAUUGUAUCUGAUGAUCUGACCAGUGUGAGACUCAGUGAUGAGAGACAGAAACUUCCUGAUAAUCCAGAGAGAUUUGAUAAAUAUCCAUGUAUCCUGGGCUCUGAGGGCUUUAACUCAGGGACUCACUGCUGGGAUGUUGAAGUUGGAGACUGUACAUGUUGGUUUGUGGGUGUGAUGACAGAAUCUGCUCAGAGGAAGGGAGGUGUAUUCUCCAGAAGUGGAAUCCGGUGUGUGGUGUAUUAUGAUGGUGAAUAUUACACAUGGUCUUCACCAGACACACACACUCUCCUCUCAGUGUCACAGAAACUCCAGAGGAUCAGAGUGAAGCUGGACUGGGACGGAGGAAAACUGUCAUUCUCCGACCCUCUCACUAACACACACAUACACACUUUCACACACACAUUUACUGACACAUUACUGCCAUUCCUCGGUGUUGGUGGUAAAGAAUCUCAUUUGAAGCUCCUCCCACUUCAGUGCUCUGUAAGUGUCAAUCAGAUCAGUUAGAGUUCAUUAAUGAAAUACUGCACAUUAAAGAUUCAUAUUCUUUAUAAAAGUUUAUUUAAAACACUGAAUAGUUCAUUAUGAAAAGAGUUUCAGGUUAUUAAAUUAAAUUAAAUGUAUUUUGAUGUAAAAUAAUGACCCACUCUGUAGAAAUAAAGAGAUAUUAAAUAUAAGUGAUAUUACGUUUUAAUAACUACAGAACUCUUUUCCUCUCAAUGUUCAGUUCAGGGCUUUAAAUCCCAAUAAACCACAGGAUGAAAUUAAAAUCACAAGUCUGCUUUGAUGUACAAGUUUAGAUCUGAAAUAGAUGAUUUAAUUUUCUAAUGUAAUUAUUUUAAAUAAAGUGAGACUGUAAAGUUCAUGUCUUUACUGUAUUUGUACUUGUUAGCGCUGUGCUGUUAAUCUUGGGUGAGAUGUUCAGCUGGCUGUGUGUGUCGUGUGUGAAACUCUGUACUGGAGGAGAUUUCAAGCUCUAAGUUUCUCUCCACCAGCAUUUUGUGACUUUGCAAAGACCAGGGCCCGGUUUCUCGAUAAUGCACACUCGCACGCUAAGAAGACUCUUAAGAUAUAUCUUACGUAAAGUGAUAACUUUUCUGUAUUUCUCGAACUGUCUCUUAGGAGUCUCUUAGAAGUCGCUGCCUCUUACGUCCGAUGUUACAAGGUGCUGUCUACAGUGAAGGUCCUGGAUUAGCUGACAUCAGUGGCUCAGGAAUCGAUUUUUCACUCCUUUUGCAUGACAGCGUUAAAAAAGACGGCACUUUCUAUGCAAAUUAAACUGACACUAAAUUCUUCCAAUAGUGUUUAU